AUGAAGGAGACGGCGGAAGCUUACCUCGGAACGACAGUACGCGACGCGGUGAUCACAGUGCCGGCGUACUUCAACGACUCUCAGCGCCAGGCCACCAAGGACGCGGGAGCCAUCGCCGGGCUGAACGUGCUCAGGAUCAUCAACGAGCCCACAGCCGCUGCGCUCGCGUACGGCCUCGACAAGAACCUCAAGGGCGAGAGGAACGUCCUCAUCUUCGACCUCGGCGGCGGAACGUUCGACGUGUCGAUCCUGACCAUCGACGAAGGCUCGUUGUUCGAAGUGAGGGCGACGGCGGGCGACACGCAUCUCGGAGGCGAGGACUUCGACAACAGAUUGGUGAACCAUCUCGCGGACGAGUUCAAGCGCAACCGCCGAGCGCGCUAA